GUCCCCUCCUUCCCUUCUCCUCCUUUUUACUUCUUCUUCCUCCUCUCUGCAACUGAAAAAGAUAAUUUCGGAAAGAUUCUAACUGAAACAACCAGCACAGUCGGACGGACGGACGGACGAACGAAUCAAACUGGAAGCCAGCGGAUAUUCACCCAACCCACAUUAGCAGCUCGCACCGACUCUGCUCGUCGUCCGAUCGCCAGCGCUGUCACUCUCUCCAUUGGGAAGUGACACCAGCCAUCUCUCUCCUCUCCCACCGCACAUUUCACAUUUUCCCUCUUCUUUCUGCUUCGCCGUCACCAUCGAACGUCCGGUCAAGAAUUAUUUCUCUCGCCUCUCUCUGCUUCGCUUUCCUUCUCCUUCAUCAGAUCGCUUUCUUCUAUACAGAACGAGAGUCGUUUGCCGGAGAAGGCUCAGAUCGUAGCGAGGUUUAGGGGAAGAGUUUUUAGUACCUCCGCCAUGAGAGGGCGUCAUCUGGAGAACGCCUACUAUGCUUACAAGCGACUUUCCUCCAAGGAUUUCGUGGAUGAUAGAGAAGAAGCUCCUCCAGAUUCGAUUGAGAUUAGCAAAGACAUUGGAAACCCUCCAUGGAGGCGAUCUCUGGUGCAUAUACUGGUGGCAACUAUUUCUUCACUCUUGUUUGGUUACCAUCUUGGAGUAGUGAAUGAGACGCUUGAAAGCAUAUCCCGUGAUCUCGGGUUUAGUGGGAAUACGAUGGCGGAAGGCCUUGUGGUGAGUACAUGCUUAGGUGGUGCCUUUUUUGGAUCACUCUUCAGUGGUUGGGUUGCGGAUGGUGUAGGCCGCCGCAGGGCGUUUCAACUUUGUGCAUUGCCUAUGAUAGUUGGGGCUUCAGUGAGUGCCACAACGAAAAACCUAUGGGGCAUGCUUCUUGGAAGGUUACUUGUUGGAACUGGAAUGGGUCUUGGCCCACCUGUAGCAGCUCUUUAUGUGGCAGAGGUUUCCCCAGCUUAUGUAAGGGGUACCUAUGGAAGCUUGACACAAAUUGCAACAUGUUUUGGACUGAUGGGGUCUCUUUAUAUUGGAAUGCCAGCCAAGACGACUAUGGGUUGGUGGCGCAUUUGCUUUUGGGUGUCUGCCAUUCCUGCUGCAUUACUUGCUAUUUUGAUGGAGUUUUGUGCAGAGAGCCCUUACUGGCUUUUAAAGAGCGGACGAAGUGGUGAAGCUGAAGUUGAGUUUGAGAGACUUUUAGGAGCGUUGCAUGUCAAAUCUGCAAUGGCAGAAUUAUCGAAGUCGGACGGGAGAGAUGAAGUGGAGAAAGUCAAGUUCACAGAGUUGCUUUAUGGCCGCCAUUUUAAAGGCUCCGUAGUUGCCAUGAUUUUGAUGGAUAGAUUAGGGAGAAGGGUGCUUCUCAUGGGCAGUUUCUUCGGUAUGGCAGUAUCAAUGUGCAUCCAAGCUAUCGGAGCGAGUUCGCUUGUGUCAAGCUCCCAGUCAGUGUAUCUUUCUGUUGGAGGCAUCUUGUUGGUUGUCUUAACAUUUGCCCUUGGUGCUGGUCCAGUUCCUAGUCUCCUCCUAUCAGAAAUAUUGCCAAGUCGGAUUAGAGCCAAGGCGAUGGCAGUUUGUAUGGCCGUCCAUUGGGUUGUAAAUUUCUUUGUUGGGCUCUUGUUUUUGCGGUUACUGGAGCAAAUUGGUCCUCUUGUAUUGUAUACAGUUUUCUCCACUUUUUGUAUGCUUGCUGUAAUCUUUGUGAAAAAGAAUGUCCUCGAAACCAAAGGCAAAUCACUGCAAGAGAUUGAGAUUGCACUUCUACCCCAAGUAUGAAGGUUAGUCAUUUUGUUACUACCAGUUUCCGAAUUGCUUUGCUUUAUCAGACUGAAUUAUUACAUAUCUACCGUCAUAGAUCAAAAAGUAAAUACCAACCCCUAGGAGGCUAGGACGUAAACAAUCGUUGUGGAUGCCUUGCUUACCUGUGUAAGUGCCAUCACUGCUAAAGUGAUAAUUAAAUCAUAUUAAAGUUAUUAACCACACGAUAUAGUAUAUACGGUAUUUUCCCCCCUUAACCAGUAGGUAGUCAUGAUUAGGGAUGCCUGUUGCUUUUGAAUUACAAUAUGGUGCAUUUUAAUAUCUUUCUUUGUUCAAGUUGAAUUCCCUACUUGUUCAAUUGCUUAUGUAGUCCUACGUACUGCUGGUGAGUCAUUCUUCUCCUUAUCACCACAGGUAUUGUUAAGUUAUGGCUCCAUCACCUAGCACAUCUCGACCUGCAUCAUUUCUCGUCUAUAGUUGGAGGUAGUUUUUAUGUUUUAAUCUGUCCAAGUUUCUCUCUUGAACUGGAACUUUCAGCUUUCUCAAAGUUUUAGUAGUGCGUCAUAUGCAUUUGGGAAUGUGCAAACCUUUUAACUUCACAACCAAGCAUGACUGCAUGCCUUUGUGGAAGAGUUUGUGAGAAUUAAAGAGGACCAAUUGCGUAACCAUGAAAGUCGGUCUAUAGCUAAUGUAUGUUGACCAAUUGCGUAACCUCAUAUAGGGUGAACUUGGAACUUAGACAGUGACUGAAUAUCUGCCUAGCUUCCAAUGGUCGUUUGUUCAUUCUGGUGUGGAUUGUAUUGCAAGUAACUGACUAGCUUCAUGGCCACCCUUUUGACAUUGGCAUGCAGGGAGAAGACAACUGAUAGUAGAGAGUUACUGAUACAGGCAUGUACCGGAGUUCAGCGUCGAAAGGCAUGUACCACAGUUUGAUGCUGCCUGCUACUCUAUGGCCCUGGGUUUUGGUAUACGUAUAGCGGUAGAAACCUGAGAUACUCUUACCCUUGAGAGACGGGAAUGUAUAUUUAUUUACAGAGCAAAUUUUCUUUCUGUUCCUUUCUUUGGUUGUUCAAAUUGAUGUUCCGCUGGUGGUAUUUGUAUGAGCACAUUAUUAUUUUUGUUCUAUUUUAUACACGGGACGGUCGAGUUCAGGACGAGACUGGUUUUCCUUCUCUUAGCAUAAUGAUGAGUAUCGUUUCAAGGUUAAUAAUACUGAACUAAUACUGAACUAU